UAGUAGCUUCUUGUUCCUAGUAGUAAGGCCAGGAGCCCGUAGUAGCUUCUUGUUCCUACUAGUAUGGCCAGGAGCCCCUAGUAGCGUCCUUGCUCCUAUUUGUAGCUCCAUGUAGCGAUCCAUGAUUCAAAACCAUCCAUGGUCCAUCGUCAUCCAUGGUCCAUCUAUGCCUCCAACCGUUCGUAGCUUCUUGCUCCGUUGGUAGCGAUGGCCUCCAACCUACUUGCGAUGGCCUCCACCUAAAAAUAGAAAUAGCGCCCGAAAACCCAACUAGUAGCUGUCUUCCAAUCCAAGCCUUCUGAAGGUCUAUGUCCACUCACCCUCAGAUGGGGAGUGUCUCUCAUGGAGUCCAUGAUGGGCCACAGCCGUUGGUGUGUCGCCGUUUGGUCAGGGCGACCCCUGGGCGCAGAGCGCCCGUGGGCGGGAAUGUCGCAUAGCUAGCAGCUAGCAUGAACUAGCUAGUUGAGAUGUUUCAGUUGCAGCGCAAUCUGAAACACCAUAGAAGUCAACCCGUUUCCAACUUCUAGGGCUCAUGAGUGUAGACACAAGGAGAGGGAGACAGGACAGAUCCAAAAACCGUCCCUGAGGUGCAUGCAGGAGGAUCAAGCCCAAGCUGCAGCCCCCAAAAACACAGCUCGGCACUGGGGGUGUUCCUUUGGUGGCUCCCUGGCUCCUCUAUUUGGGUAGGAAGAACCUGGACGCUGCGAUGGACCAUUUGAAGGAGAGACGUUUGCAAGCCUCCAAAGUAGAGCGGCGAGCGGGAUGCGACCAGGCAGCGCACUUUUCGAAGCCAGGAUAUCGAGCAAAAAUGGUAAUUAAUUAAGUCGUGAAUGUGUACAAAGGCAAAGAAUGUAUUUAGCCCAUGCUUGAGUUGGAUCGAUUCCGGAUAAGUUGGCACACGAAUCUUCCAAGAAGUGUAGCAAGAGAAGAUGGGACCGACAACCUGAGCGGGAAGAGGGAAGAGAAGCGAAGGGAUCAGAAGAAGAGAACAGAAUCGACGAAAAGAAGUGAACCGAAGGGAAGGAAAAGAGGGAGAGAAGGAAUGGUUUUGUUGUGGCUCACUUGUUUUUGCUCACCUCUGGCAGACUGAUACAGCCUAAAAAGGUCCACCCAAAACAGCGAAGUCUUUUUGAUCCUUUUUUGGCCAGCUUAGGACCGUUCGUUCAGAAAGCCGAAAUGGCCUUGGUCCAGACCAAUCUGUUACACCAUACUGUAAUUCGACUCAACUUGAGGACUUGGCAAGGUGGCCACCGGCCUGUGACCUCAGUUGAUCCCAUUGGUGGGGCGGAUUGGGCAUGAUAUCCAGCACCUGGAGUGGGGGUGCCACCUACAGCUUAUUCUGCUUCUCCCCAAAGCAAACAGGUUGUUUUGGUCAAGAGUCCGAAAGCUCAGGAUUUCUCUUCUACAGUCCCGGUUGCAGUUUCUCUCCCUGUCCACAGCGGAUCGGAUCAUUGGCUAGCUCAAGGGGCGUUGUGAGGCGUUGUGAGGGGUGCAUGGUCAAAAUCCGAAUAGGUUCUAAACAGGGCUUCCGCUUCCCACGUCGCUUCCGUCGAUGGAUGGGGUUGGGCCCCUGGUGGUUCUUCGAGGUCUUAAUUUUCCCGCAGCUCUUGGUCAUUCCGACGCUGAUUGGAGGAAAGCAGGAAAAAGAGUUCGCAGCAAAUGGAGAAGACACUGUGACACACUCCCUUUUAUGGUUUCGACAGGAGGUGAAGCUUGAAUCAGGGUCACAAAGAGUUCGCACCAGUAGGCCUUAUCCAUUUCUCCCGUUGAAACGCCUCAACGGGGUUCCACUACACGGCAGAUGUCCACCCAAACGAACUUUCAUCUGAAAACCCACAGCUCAAUUCACUAUGGGGUACUGCAUGGUACUGCGCACUCAGAGCACUUGCCAAGCCUCCGAGGGAUUCGUUUCGAAAGUGAGGCUUGGGCCUGCCAUUGGGCCGAGCAGCACGAACUGCUGAAGGAGGCGUCCAAAAGGCUCUUCCGGAAGCUGCGGCAGCGGACGAGGAGUCCACAUCGUGAGGACCCCUACAUUCUCUUCGGCCAGGCGCGGCGAGAGGUGGCGGAAGGCUUGGAAGAUCUGGCGGAGGAGAUGGUUGCCACCCGUCGGCGCUGUGACGGCUUGGCUCGGCGAUGGGUCAGGCGUUAUGCUGAAGAGGCGGCGAGGAGUCUUUGGAGCGGCACUGGCACCAUCUCCCGUGCCUUUCGCCGGAGCCUCCGGGAGGGCGGCUGGGCCAUCUCUGAGGAUGUUUUGGACUGGUCGCUGCUCUUGAAGCUCCAGUCGGAGGUUGCCCGGGUCCUUGUCGAGGAAGAGUUUCAAGCGGCUACAGCAGGGCAGACUCGUUGGCUGGAGCUGUGGGAAGCACAGUUGGAGGACGCAGGCUGCCAAGCAUUAGCCACUGCCGUGGCUGUGCUUCAGCAGCUCCAGUGGUGUCUCAGUGACCAGAGCUGGGGCUCUCAGGGAUUCCGCGGACUCCGAUGGAGGUGUGGCGAGGUGGUUCUUUGGCAUUGCCCGGCGCAGGGCAAGACCUUGGACCAGGGUCCCACCGAGCCGGCGUCGCAGGUGGAGAUGCCACCAGGCUGCACUGAGGACCGAUCGGCUUCCCUGGUGGCUUUUCUGUUCCUGAAUACCCCUGCUUGGAAGCCUGAGUGGGGUGGAGCGUUGAGGUGUGUCCUCAAGACGGGUGUCCAGCGCGAGGUUUGGGGCGAUGGCGGACGCUUGGUGCUCUUGGAGGAGGUGCCUUCCCAUGCAAGUCCUGAGCUGAUGCCCUCCUCUCAUGCUCAGACGGUCUUGAUUCUGCGGCUACACUCUGAGAGGACCGACCUCAUGCACGAGCGGAAUCAGAUGAUCCACGUCAAGGACCUGAACGACGUGCCAGAUGUGGAACCUGGUUCCCGAAGGCGAUCUGCAAGGCACCAAGACCAGACUGCAGACCGUCGAGUGCAGAAGGAGAUCGAUGCAGAAUCCUUCGAGGCAAAGAUUGAGAUGACAUCACACGAGGUCAUUGCCCUUUUUGAAACAAAUUGUGCAUCUGCCUUUAGACUUGAUUAAAUAGAUUGGUAACAUUCAAAUAACUUUGAAGAUGG